AGCGCCAGCGCUCGAAGUGAUUCUUGCACUCCAUCUGAACUGAGCGACCAACAUGCAGUCUGUGCGCCUUGCGCUAGUGCUCGCUGCGGCAUCGACGGUCCUUGCGGCGCCACAAGCAGUUUCCUCUCUGACGUCUGCAGCUGCAUCGGCGGCUUCCAGCGUCACCAGCGAUGCAGGGUCGAUCGUUUCGUCCAUAACGUCCGACGUUGCGAAGGCGUUGCCUACCGUGCUAGGGAACUGGCCAAGCCUGAGUGACAUCGAGAAGAAACUCAACCUGAAUGACUCGGAGAUCAAUAGUCUGCCUCCGUCUGCGCUGAUGAUCCCUUCGUAUGCGAAUUUUACGCCUUCGGGAUGGAACGUCCGCUUCUAUGGCCUUGUCUAUAAACAACCGAACGUCUCCACCGACGACCUCGACUCCAUCAUCGAUGGCCUCAAGACAAAAAACCUAAACAACACCCAGAAAGCGCUCCUACAGAACCGGACGCAGGCGCUCGCUGCGAUCCCGAUCUCCCGCGCGAACGUCUCCGCGAUCGUCAAGCUAAACGGCACGCUCGCCACGCCGGGGGGUGGUAUCGGCCUCAAUACAUCUGACGAAGUCGGCGAACUCGACGAGUUCCGGAUUAUCCCUGGUUUGAACAGCAACAAGUCCGUCUCGAACGUACAAGUUGCUGAGAUCGGCAUCCUGGACGUGGACGGACCGGGCAACACGACUACGCUCCUGGUACCGGAAACGGGCAUCUCUGUCGUCUCCGACAUCGACGACGUCCUGCGCAUCACCAAGGUCUACGUCCCGAACCAAGGCCUCUUCAACUCGUUCGUGCAGCCGUACGUCAACGUGCCCGGCAUGACGGAGCUCUUCGCCUCCUGGCUGAAGAAGCUCCCGGGCGUGUCCUUCCAUUACGACACCACCACGCCCGUCGAGCUCACGCGGACCUACGUCGAGUACCUCUUCGACAACUUCCCUCUCGGCUCGCUCGAGAUGCGGCCGGUGAACCUCACCGAGCCCUCGCAGAUCCUCGACGCGCGCCUCGACUCGCUCGUCCGGCUCUACCAGACCUUCCCCCAGCGCAAGUUCGUCCUCGUCGGCGACACCUCGUCCUCCACCCUCCUCUCCGCCUACCCGAACGUGACGCAGACGUUCCCGAACCAGACGCAGUGCAUCUUCAUCCGCAACACGUCCGCGACGGACGCGGACGACAAGCUGCCGUACAGCACGAAGGAGUUUCAGAACCUCAAUUCGAGCAUGUACUUCUUUUAUCGCACGCCCGAGGAUAUCGUGAACCUCGACGUCGCGAACAGAGAGUGCGUGAACGCGAGCGUGCCCCAGAACGUGUCGUUUGGAGAGCAGGGCGGGCCGUUCAAGAGCGGCGCGGCGGCGGCUUGGGCGACGGCUUCCCGCUCAAGCUGGGUUGCAGCUCUCGUUGCUCUGGCGCUCGGCGUUACGUUGACUUGAGCAUGACAUUGACCUACAAC